AUGACAUCAAGGGAAGAUGAUGUUCGCUGUGAUGAUGAUAGGAACCAUACCCCAUUGCUCAUAGCGGCUAGAUACGAAAUAUCAGAAAUUGUGAAUAAGAUGUUGGAGUUACACCCUCAAUCGGUUGAGGCUCACGAUAUUGAUGAGCAACAAAACAUUUUGCACGUGGCCAUUAUGCAUCGCUGGUUGGAGAUCUUUAAGCUUAUUAAAAAGAGCAAAUCAAUAACAUCAAGGAUGGCUAUGAAGAUUGACCGCAAUGGCAACACCAUACUGCAUCAAGCUGCAACUAUGAGAUAUUACUCUGCAGACACUCAGCGUCUAGGUGGGCCAGCGUUACAAUUGCAGGACGAAUUGCGUUGGAUGGCGGUGAGUGUCAUGAGUUUUGUAAUUGAUUGA